AUGGAAAUGCUUGUUUUCUGCGAAACCCUCCAAGUGAUUUUCGUCAAACCAUCUAUUUCUUUCAAGACACAGCUUUCUGAAUUGCUUAGAAUCAAGGAAUUCAUUUUGCCAAGCGUCAAAUGGUUAAUUUUGGUAUUCCGGGAACCAUCUGCUAGCGACUUGUUGUAUGUAACAGUAGAUGAUCUCGAAGGUUUAGCCAAUCGAGUUCGUGAAAAUGGAUCUUGUGACAUAAAUUGUAGUGCAGAAAAGGCUAGAGAAAUUCUUUCUAGUUGUGGCCUUCGUCUGCCACGUGCUGAAUCUAAAAGGACUAAUUCAACUUUUCGUGAGUCUCAGAUUUCUAACCAAGUCGAUCAAACUCAAACCAAGUCUGACAAGUAUCCCAUUUCAAAUUUGGAAUCUAGUUCAUCCCAAGUUGACAAACACACAAAUGAGGGAGGUCUGCUGACUGAUGUGAUAAAUACUCUUACUCAUUCCGGUAUCCAACUGACAAAUAACUCAAGUUCACUUCCUCAGGAAAGCGGAAAUACUAUCCAAGGAAAACUGACAAUAGGUGAAUGUAAUAAAGAAUGUGACGAUUUAAUCAUUCUCUGUGAAGAAAAUACUGGCGAAUGGAUUCAGAAUGCUAGGUCAUCUGCUUUGACUAACAGUGGCAAUCCUCAAACUGAAUCAUCUACGAAUCCUGAUGACGAUUCCUUGAAGUUCGACUACAAACCUCCUGGGUCUACUGACAGUAUAACAAUAACCAAUAAUGAUAUUGAGUGUCUUGCACCUGGAGCUCUUUUAAAUGAUGCUAUAAUUAACUUCUAUCUCAAAUAUUUGUAUUUCGAAAAGCUCACAAGUUUCCAAAAACAAGCCACUUAUUUGUUCAAUGUAUUUUUCUACAGUCGGCUGGCGAGUGGUGGUUAUAUAUCGAGUGAUGUACGUAGUUCUACAUUCUCAACUAAUUUACCAAAGACUUCAGAAACCACAGAUGAAACAAUUUUUGCUCAGCAUGCUAAUGUUGCGAAAUGGACACGUCGAGUCGAUCUUUUCAGUAAAGAUUAUAUUAUUAUUCCAAUUAACGAAUGUGCACAUUGGUUUCUUGGUCUUGUCUGCUAUCCAUGGAUGGCGGGAAUGGUCAGUUACACUGCUCUCUAUCGUGAAGAAGUCUAUCAUCUCUGCCAGUUGACAGAAAAAUUUACUAAUGUCGAUCGCAUCAACUUCUCAGGCGACGAUUUAAAUUCCCUAGAUAUUGGUGAAGAAGUUAUUCAAAGGUUGCCUACCGACACUCCAGGUGAAGCAUUUGAUCGGUGGCGGCGAAGACGUUUAGCCUGGCUUCGUCAACGUGGUGUUAACGCAAUGCCAUGUGUUUUACUAUUCGAUUCGCUUCCUUGUCAAAGCCGAGUUGGCAAUUUGCAUGUUAUUCGAAAUUAUUUACAAGCUGAAUGGAAUACUCGCAGAUCAGCCCAAGAUGGUGUUCUCCGCUUCGAUAAGGAUACAAUUCGAGGUUUUAGUCCUCGAGUGCCUGUUCAGAGUAACCUGGUUGAUUGUGGAAUCUACCUACUUCAUUACGUGGAAAUGUUUUUCAAGAAACCUGUUCAAAGUUAUACGAAGGAUUAUUUCCAACACGAAAUGGCUGGUUGGUUUCCAGAAGCUACUGUCAGCCAGAAGCGUGCCCAAAUCCGUGACAUUUUGGUUAACCUACGAGAGCGUACACUGAGGGAGAAGGCUAAAAAUUGA